AUGAGGCGGGUGAGGCGGCUCGUGCAGCUGGUGGUCUUUUGCCCCCUUUCCAAGGGCCUGCAGAGCCGUCUUCCUGGCAUCAAGGUGAAAUAUCUCUUCUUCGCCUGGCUGGGGAUUUUCGUGGGCAGCUGGAUGGUCUACAUCCACUACUCCUCGUACUCGGAGCUCUGCCGGGGACACGUCUGCCAGAUGAUCAUCUGCGAUCAAUAUAACAAGGGCAUCAUUUCCGGGUCAACAUGUAAGGACCUCUGUGAGAAGCACACCCUGGAGUUCCAGCAGUGCCUGUCCUCCUCGCCCACCCAGCAGGUGUACAGUGGACUCUGGAAGGAGAAGGAGGUGAUCAUCAAAUGUGGCAUCACAGAGGCCUUGAAGGGCGACGGCCACCUGGAGGCAGCCCCCCGGAGAGAUGUCGUCCUCUUCAGCAAGCCUACUAGGGGAACGUCGAUGGAUGAAUUUAGAGAGAUGCUCCUGAACUUCCUAAAAUCGAACCUGGGUGACCAGGCCUCCCUCGCCCCCUUGGUGAACAGAGUCAUUGCGAUGGCUGAUGUCAGCCAGGAUGGGAAGUUGUCCCUGGCGGAGGCAAAAUCCAUCUGGGCCCUGCUCCAGCUGAAUGACUUCCUGCUGACGCUGUCCUUGCACGGGAAGGAGCACACCGCCAGACUGCUGGGCCACUGCGGCGACCUGUAUGUCACCGAGAAGAUCCGCCACCCCUCCCUGCACACGGCGGAGGUCCCGCAGUUCCUGCAGGCCCUGCUACCCGUGGCUGUGCACAGGGUUUUCCACCAGUGGUUCUCUCCAGCGUGGCCACACCGGGCCAAGAUUGCCAUUGGCCUCUUGGAGUUCGUGGAAGAGGUCUUCCACGGCCCCUUCGGGAACUUCUACAUCUGUGAGACAGGCUUCAAGAACAUGGGCUUCAACGACCGGUACGACUUCAAGAUGGUCGACCUCCGCAAAGUGGCCACAGAGAUGGCCAUCCGAAGCUUCCUCAAGGGCCGCCACUGUGAGCAGAACGUGGACUGCACCUUUGGGAAGGACUGUACCGCCCCGUGUGACAAGCUUAUGAAACAGUGCAAGAGCGACAUGGUGCAGCCCAACCUGGCCAAGGUGUGUGGGCUGCUGCAGGAGUACCUGCUCCACGGGGCGCCCCCAGACUUGAGGCAGGAGCUGCAGAAGCAGCUGAGAACAUGCAUGACCCUCAGCGGCUUGGCGAGCCAGAUGGAGGUCCAUCACUCGCUCAUGCUCAACAGCCUCAAGACUCUGCUGUGGAAGAAAAUCUCCAAUACCAAAUACUCGUAGAAUUACCACUGGGGCUGUGGGCAUGUGGCACCAAGGGCCCGGGAAAGGUGCAGCCAUGGCUCCUUGCCCUUGGUCCUCCCUGCCUGGGGAAACCAGCAUCGCUGCACAUUAGACCCGUGAGAAUGCC